GCCAGCCCCAUUGGAGAGGGUGGAGAGGAGGACCACUGACUCAUGGAACUCUUCCUUGUCACUAACUCAAAUGAACUCUGUAAGACAGUAGUCCCGUCACCACCUUCUGCACAGUUGUGUACCCCUGUUCUUGGGUUCCUUCUCUGUGCUUACAACAUCCUGAGCCAGUGGGUGUUUUACUUCCUGGUGACAAGUGAGCAUAAAAAACAAGGACUGCAUUUUUUUCAAUGUAGGAUUUGGCACAUACGUGCAGUUCUCCGUGUACCUCCCUGGGUUCCUAAUCCUCUAGCACAGUUCCUUAUCCACGCUCCUGAUAUCCUGUAGUCAUGCAGCGGAGAACGAGAGGGAUCAACACCGGCCUCCUCCUCCUCCUCUCUCAAGUGUUCCAAAUUGGGAUCAACAACAUUCCGCCUGUUACCCUCGCAACCUUGGCUGUCAACGUCUGGUUCUUCCUGAAUCCUUGGAAGCCCCUGUACCAUUCGUGCAUCAGCGUGGAAAAGUGUUACCAGCAGAAAGACUGGCAGCGUUUACUGCUCUCUCCCCUGCACCACGGAGAUGACUGGCAUUUGUAUUUCAACAUGGUGUCCAUGCUCUGGAAAGGAGUAAAGCUGGAGAGAAGGCUGGGAAGCCGAUGGUUUGCCUACGUCAUCGCCACCUUCUCCCUGCUUACGGGGGUGGUGUAUUUGCUCUUGCAGUUUACUGUUGCCGAACUCAUGAAUCAGCCUGACUUCAAAAGGAACUGUGCUGUGGGCUUCUCAGGAGUUUUGUUUGCCUUGAAAGUUCUUAGCAACCAUUACUGCCCCGGAGGCUUUGUCAACAUUUUGGGCUUUCCUGUCCCCAAUAGAUUUGCUUGUUGGGCAGAGCUGGUGGCCAUUCACUUCUGCACCCCAGGGACUUCCUUUGCUGGGCACCUGGCCGGCAUUCUGGUUGGACUGAUGUACACGCAGGGGCCUCUGAAGAAAAUCAUGGACACGUGUGCAGGCAUUUUUAUCUCCCACGCUGCGCCUUCAGGACAGCAGAAUCACUUUUAUAAUGCAGGCCCCUCCGGACAUCAGAAUCACUAUGCGGAUGGCAGACCAGUGAUCUAUGAUGCAAAUUACAGGAACUAUGAUGUCUACACAGCAGGCCUGAGCGAGGAGGAGCAGCUGGAACGAGCAUUAAGAGCCAGCAUCUGGGACCGAGGAAAUACCAGAAAUGGUCCAAUGCCGUAUGGGUUCCGGCUCCCACCAGAAGAAGAAAUGAGGAGACAGCGUCUUCACAGAUUUGAUGGCCAGUGAUAUGGCACCAUGAAGGGGAAGUCCAGCUGUGCGAUUGGAGCCCAUUCACUUAACUCCCCAAGCCCCUAAUUGGUUUUAAACAAAAGAAGAGCACAGGGUUACUGUUGCAGGUCACUCUUGUCUGCCAUGAACAAGUACUCCAUGGCCCCUGUGUGCCCAGAUACACAAGCCCAGCUGACAUGUCUGGACACCAGGCUUGUCCCAGGAAGCCCACAGCCUUCCCAGAGUGGCCUGUCUAGCCCCGUGAUCACUCCUAAACCGAAGGUCACCUCUUCAGAUGGGACCAAUUUCCACUUUUCUCUCCUUCCCUCCAGACUCAGUGGCAUAUCCACACUGCGGUGAAGACUGGGCCCUUAAUAGGAAGUGGGUUCUUUAUUUCACCAGGUGAGUGGAUCAGCCCUCACUCUGCCUGGCAUGCCAGGUUCUUGGCUUAGCAGGAGGGACAGUGCUACCCCCUGGUCCUCCCACCAUAUUUCCAUGGUGAUUCGGGAAGAGGAUGUGGCUACCUUCCCAGGGCGUUCCAUUCUCUUUCACGCAGGCUCCUCCGGGUGCUCAGGCUACUAAGUCUGCCUGACAUUCACAUCUCCUGCCUUAUUCCACAUGUAGAAUGUCUAACAGGAGGGGAAUAAGAAAGAUCUAAGGUAGGAAAAAACCCCAACUCACUCAUUAGAUAGCAUGUGGCACCAGCAAUUUGAGUUCGGAGCCACCCCCUCCAGGAGCGGGUGACUUGUUUAACUACUCCACAGAGCGGCAGCAGGUGCCACACACACACACAGAGCAAAGCCAAGGUGUUGAGUGGGGUUCUCACAGGGAAUCCCCCUUGCAGCAAGUAUUUUUUUUUUCCUUCAUAAAAGUGCCUUCUCAUUGGCCACUAUGGCUGUAGUUGGUCAUAAACAAGUGUCUGAAAAAUGCCCCAGGGAAGUGCUGUGUCCAGUCACUUAAGGCCUUUCUGUUUCUUGUGUUCUGAGAAUUAAAAGGCAAAGACAGAAUGUUGCCACCUCCUCAGAGUCAGGGAGCGUUUAUUUCAAAGGGAGUUAGGAACAACAACUGGUGUUCCUCCGACUCUAAUGUGCCCUUCCUGCAUAGUUUCCAAUGACAACGCACACACCUAGGAUGGAAUACUAAGUGGUGAUACCCAUCAGCUCUGGGGGACAGGCACAUAGGAACUGACUUUCUUUGUUUACAGUUUUAUAUUCUAUUUUUUAAAGCAUGUGUGCAAGUGUCUGCUGCUUUCAGAAGAUUAUACAAUGCAUCAAGAAACAUGUAGCCAGUAAAACAAAGCCUAAGCUAAGUCCUCUCUGUCCAUUAGGAAAAAUCAUAGACCGGGCAUGGUGGCACACAUUUCUAAUCCCAGCACUCAGGAUUCAGAGGAAGGAGGAUCUCUGAGUUCAAA